AAGCUAUGAAACUCAAGACAAGUUUAGAAAACUCCUCAGUGGGAGAUUCAUAAAGCCACUGAAGACAGAAACAAGAGUCUGACUGGAUGAAGUUCUCCUGUGAGGAGUUUGAAUCGACAACAGCUUCCACGAUGAGGACACCAUCAUUGCUGAUCCCUGCAGCAGUUGUGUUGCUGCUGCUCAACCCACCGAGGUGCACGGAUGCUUCGACCUUCCAAGGCGCUUUACCGCAUUCAAACAAAUACAACCCAAACGACUCGGAGAGAUGCAUCCAACCCGCCAUUGGAGGACUCAUAUCCCGCGGGCCGGGACCCGUGACCUCCACCGACGAGGUGCUGGAGUCCAGUCAGGAGGCGCUGCACGUCACGGAGCGCCGGUACCUGCGGCUGGACUGGUGCAAGACGCAGCCGCUGAAGCAGACCAUCCGGGAGGAGGGCUGCCUGAGCCGCACCAUCAUCAACCGCUUCUGCUAUGGACAGUGUAACUCCUUCUACAUCCCGCGGCACGUCUACCAGGACGGCAUCGCGUUCGAGUCCUGCUCCGCCUGCAAACCCAAGACCUUCAGCACCGUCACGUACACGCUCUUCUGUCCGGGACUCACGCCGAGCACCAGGAAGAAACGGGUGCAGCGCGUCAAGCAGUGCCGCUGCACCACCAUCGAUACGGAUUAGAUGGAGACGAUCUUCAGUGGGAGACAAGUCGCUUCUGCACGAUGAGAAAAGAGUGUUGAGGAAUUAACCUGAGCCUUUGUUAUAAUGGAAACUUGGAUACUCACCAAUGUGCCACUAGUUUUGCUGAUAUAAUAAACAUACGUGGUCUUUUUAUGCGUGUAAACAGAUUUAGAGAUAUUGUGUCCACAAGAGAUUGAGUUGGAGUCAGAUUCUUUAUUUCUUCAGGCUGGUGGAUGUGCAAGACCGAGCAGGAAGAGGAGGACGAGUCUCUGAGAGGACUUGGGUUCAUUAUUUCCACUGUGUGGGAUCCAAAGUCAAACACUUACAUUAUAUAAAAAUACUUUUUUAGUGUACAACUUGCACUGCUUCAAUGCCACUUGUAUGAUUUGUGUAUCGUGUUGUGAUGCCUGUAAAUACAAUAAAUCUUUCCCAGCUGUUACAUCA